AGUGCCCUGUUCAUUCCAGCGAAUAUGGGUAUCCUUUUGGCAAGUAAGAAGUUUGGAUAAGCAUGGCUUCCUGCCGGCAGUGGAGAUUAAAGUUGUGUGUUUAGACGCGGAUGGCAGGGACUGGCUGGGUGGAAGUUUUCCCCACAGGCAGAGAACAUGGCAGCUAAGGUCAGGGGCCCGCCACAUCACAGCCCUAAAAAUAUCCCUCUGCAUUUGAUGCCCCGUCACAGAGGCGGUUAUACAAUCUGUGCCCCGACUCGAGCCUGCCAGAACUAAGAACCUCACCGUGUUCUGCCUUUAAGGGUUGCUUCACAACAAGCUGUCAAAAUGAUGAAAACCAAAUUCUGGAGUGAGAAAAACACGAAGGACCUCAAUGUGUUGUAAAUAAAUCAUGUGUAAGAGGAGUCAACAGUGAAAAAAUGGCCUCUCACAAGUCGGGCACAAGGAAAAGCGCUACAAAAGAAGUGCAGGACUCCAGUCCGGCGGAUGAUUAUGUCACACCUGGGGGCUAUGAGCUGGACAAGAUCCUCAACCGUGGGAGUGUGGCUUACACUCACGUCAACGAGGUCUGGCCUAAUGUUUACAUUGGGGACGAGGAGACUGCAAAGGACAAGUGUAACCUGAAGAGGUUGGGAAUUACGCACAUCUUGAAUGCAGCAGAGGGGACGUGGAAUAAUGUGGACACUGGUCCUGGUUACUAUAGCGACGACAUGGACAUCGUAUACUACGGUGUGGUAGCAGAGGAUGUACAAACGUUUGACCUCAGCCAGUAUUUCUUCUCGGCCACAGACUUUAUCCACAAGACGCUCAGCAAUCCUCAAAGUAAACUGCUGGUUCACUGUGUGAUGGGGAGGAGUCGGUCCGCCACUCUUUUCCUGGCCUACCUCAUGAUCCACGAGGAGAUGACGGUGGUGGACGCCAUCGAGCACGUGAAAAAGCGCCGGCGGAUCAUCCCCAACUGGGGCUUCCUGAAGCAGCUGAGAGAGCUGGACCUCCAGCUCCUGGAGAAAAGGAAAAGCUCUUCAUAGGAGAGCUAUCUUACACUUUCAGAUAUUGUGAACUGUUCUAAACAAAGUCAUAUAAGGUCUCUUUGCAAAUCAUUCUGGAUGUUCUAAUCGAGGUUCACACCUUAAGUAAUUUUUCAUCAAUAAAUCAUUUAAAUUAAGUCAAGUUGGGUCCCACGUUUUUUUGAGAAAGGUCCUUGAAGGCAACUAGGGUCUCAUGUAAA